AUGAUGGAUACUAAAGCCUCAUUAUCAGGAUGUAUUAGUAUUUUACGACGUGUCCAUAAAGCACUCCAAAUUUUGGCUGCUAUAGCUACUGGCACAAUUUCUACGAGUGAAGAUUUACGCACAUGUUGUCUAACUGGUAUAAAAUCACCCUCUCAUUUGCCUACAAACCAUUCACGUCCUACAAUUUCUCCGAAUCCUACACCGCCAGAAGCGUCUGUGUACAAAUUCAAUGCGAUGUUGGAAGUGAAUGUGGAUUCUAAGAAUAAUGCAUUACCAUUACGUGUUUCAAGGAAAUUAACCCACAUGUUUAGGUCUGAUAAAGCAUCACAAUGUAGACGUACAUGA